GCUAUUUAAUAAUGCUGGAAUGGCUUUACUCCAUUGUUGCGCUACAGAUGAUAUAGAAAACGUAAAGCAACUUAUUGAUAAAGGAGCGCCUAUUUAUUAUCAAGACGCAAGUUCUGGCUAUACUUGCUUGCAUUUUGCGGCUGAUAUACAAAGUACAAAGUUGGUUAAAUAUUUAAUAUCUCAAGGUGCAACUUGGAAUGCAUUAGAUCAUACUGGAUACACACCUGCUGAGAUUGCUUUAUCAUACGGUAAUGAAAAAAUCUAUGAGGAAAUUGUAGGCGAAGGUGUACGAGCAGAAUUUCUCUUAAAUUUAUUAGGACAAAAAGCAGAAAACGAUGAAGCAGAUCCAGCAUCUAGUUUAAACGCAUUCCUUUCCUCAAAAUUAACAUACGAGUAUGACGAUAAUGGACAAGAGCGCGUUGUAGACUCUGCUGGAGAUCCAGUCAUGAUGGCUUGGGAAACACCCAUCAUGAAAAGUUCCGUAGCGGCUCUUUGUGACAAUCAUGAGGAUGCGUCAGACGAAGGUCUAGCUAUCCUGAAUGUCGGUUUUGGUUUAGGUAUCAUUGAUACCGAAUUCCAAAAGCAACAACCAUCGAAUCACACCAUUAUUGAAGCACACCCUGAUGUUCUCAAACAUAUGAAAGAAACUGGUUGGUAUGAUAAACCCGGUGUGAGGAUUUGCGAAGGUAAAUGGCAAGAUUUCAUUUAUGAAAUUGGACAAUUUGAUGUUAUUUACUUUGAUACAUUUUCUGAACACUAUCGCGAUCUACAUGCUUUCUUUGAGCAUAUACCUGAACUAGUUAAUUCACCUAACUCUCGUUUCUCGUUCUUCCAUGGAUUGGGUGCAACAAAUCCAGUUUUCUAUGACGUUUAUACACGUAUCUCAGACCUUCACCUUGAUCAAAUUGGUAUGUCAGCAGAAUGGCAAGACGUACCUGUCAAAGAGUUAUCAGCAGUCUGGAAAGGUGUCAGACGGUCAUAUUGGAAUUUGCCAUGUUAUAAAUUACCAAUAGCAAAAAUGAAUAUUUUCUAAUGAUGAAUGCAUUCUUACAUCGC